AUGGAGCAGACCAAAGUAAUCAAGCCAGAAACCCUGGAUGAUCUGAUUAAAACUCUGUACAAGAUUUUUGAAAAGGAGUCUGUGAAUCUGAAGGAGGAAGUGCAGGGCAUCAUGGAAGCCGAAAUCCACGAUCACACACACGCAGACUGCUUCAUGAAGAUCCUGCAGGGUCAGAUAACGGAGACGCGGUUCGAGUGGCCGGAUCUCAAAUGUGAGGCCAAGAUGGAGCCGAUAUCUGAGCGGGUCCUGCUGGAGAACCAGUACGCUUACAUCGAGGACUCCAUCGGGCUUCACCGCAUGGAGAACGCGAGUGACACUGAGGACGCGGUCAGUCUUCACCUCUAUUGUCCCCCGUACCAGACCUGCCAUUCCUUCGACGAGGGCACCGGAGAACGCCACACCAUGGAUUUGACCUUCUGGAGCAAACACGGGAAGAGGACACCUAACAGUCUAGCAUCAAAGGUGUAUCCGUGCCCUGCUGUUGGUGCUGCUGAGAUUCUACUCCUGAUCAUCAAGUCUGCUCCAAGGGAGUCCUGA